CAAGCUUUUCAGGCAUGACCAACAAUAGCAAAGCAACAAAGCUUUGUUAAUGGUGACAAUGACCCUUCUCUUCUCUUCUCUUCUCUUCUCUUGCUUUCUUCAUUACCACAACCUUCUUCAUCACAAGGCAAAAGAAAAGAAACUAUACUUUGGAACCCAAAUAAUGUCUUCCGAUUCUUUUCUUCCUCUCCCCGAAAAUCCCAUCAUUGUGGGGUUUGGUGGGGUUGGAGUGGAUUUUCUGGCAGCAGUGCCAUCUUUUCCUAAGCCUGACGCCAAGAUCAGAACCACUGAAUUCAAGAUCCAAGGUGGUGGAAAUACUGGAAAUGCUAUGACAUGUGCUGCCCGUUUGGGCUUAAAGCCAAGAGUAAUUUCUAAGGUUUCAAAUGACGCUCCAGGUAGGGCUUUGCUGGAGGAACUACAAGCUGAAGGGGUGGAUACCUCUUUUUUUGUGGUUUCACAGGAAGGGACUUCACCAUUUAGCUACAUCAUUAUUGACAGCCAAACGAAAACAAGGACAUGUAUAUUUACUGCAGGAUACCCUCCAAUGGUUCCAGAUGAUCUUCCAUUAGCCAAUUUGUUAUCUGCAUUAGAUGGGGCAAGAGUGGUCUAUUUUGAUGCAAGGAUGCCUGAUAGUGCUCUUGUCAUUGCUCAAGAGGCAUUUCGCCAGAAUAUAUCUAUCUUAAUUGAUGCUGAAAGGCCUAGGGAAGGAUUGAACGAUCUUCUGAAUUUGGCUGAUUAUGUUGUAUGUUCAGAAAAAUUUCCACAGGCCUGGACAGAGGCAUCAUCUAUUUCAAGAGCACUAGUUUCAAUUAUUUUAAGAUUGCCGAGACUUAAAUUUGUGAUAGCAACUUUGGGAAAAGAUGGCUGCAUAAUGCUUGAAAAAUGCGUGGAUGAUGAGGGUUCUAACUUAGAAGAAAUGGAUGUUGAAAGCUGUUUGAUAUCAUUAAAAGGGAAAAUAGAUGAUAGCACAGCCAUGCCAACGUGCCUAGUCUCGUCCAUUACAAAGUUUAGAGGCGAAGGGAUGGGGUCUGUGUGUGGUAGGUUAUAUUUUGGGACAUCUGAAAAGAUUCCACCAUCAGAACUUGUUGAUACAACCGGUGCUGGGGAUGCAUUUGUUGGAGCUCUUUUAUAUGCGAUCUGUGCCAACUUAUCACCAGAGAAAAUGUUGCCAUUUGCUUCUUAUGUGGCAGCUGCCAAGUGUAGAGCCCUUGGAGCUCGAAGUGGUCUUCCCUAUCGCACUAAUCCUUUACUAAGUAGAGCCCUAAACUGGUCGUCAAAAUCCUCAGCGUAGUAUGCAAGAAACAAGGUUUCAGCAUACAAAUUGUGCUUUUGUAAUCCACUUUAGUAUUAAUCAUUUAGCCCAAAUGUUUGUAUUUAUGUAGUUCAGACAUUUUUUUUAUAGAAAAUAGUUAAAGAACAAUAAAGCUUAUUUAGUAAAAAAAAAAAGAAAAAUUUAAGUCA